UGGCGGUUGUUGAGGAGGCUGUAGACGGAUAAAUCUCUCAGCUCUCUCACGCUAUUGCCUCUCAGUGGAUGUGUUUCACCCCCCUCUCUUAUAAUGCUCACAUGUCCUCCCCGAUAAAUGUAACGGAGUUAAACGGGGGUCGACCAGCAGUCUCCUCGGUGUGACAGAGCAGCUAGCCCGCUAACAGCUCCAGGUUUGUAGAGGCUAAGUUAGCUGCUAGCUGCUGGUGGCUCAAACACUGACUGACUGCUGGAGACCAACACACGGAGAGAGGGAGCCUUUACCUGCACGGAGGGGCCUGCUGCUGCCUUCAACCAUCUUCACAUUUUCUGAGCCUCCUGCCUUCCACCCUCAUUGCCCCGUGGCUCAGUUGGUGUCUCAGCAACACUUCAAAGGGGGGAAGGUCUGCGGCGCUGCAGAUAACGCGCUGUACCCCCAAGCACCAGCGAGCUCUUCCAGAGCCCCUACGCAGUUCCUCAACUGACAGGAAGAAUCAACCCUUAGAGUGGGAUCUGGAGUGGAGAAGACCAAUUGUGGCCUGAACAAAGACAGACAGAGAGAACUCAUGUCAAGCCCUUCCCCUCUUCAGACAGCCUAGCGAAGGUCCAGGAGGUAGCAAGCUGGCUUUUGGAAAUGAACCAGGAUCUGCUGUCGGGGGGCAGCAGCAGCAGGCGGAGUCGGGGGCCGGGGGGUCCGGCAGUGCGAGGUAACGCCUCCUCCACGGCCCGGGCACCCCAGCAGGCAGCAGAGGAGGGUGAUGAAGAUGAGCACAUGAACCGGGUAGUAGAGGAGGACGAGCAGCUGCAGCAAAGGCCUGAGGCAUCGCAGGUUGACGAUGAGAGAGAACAACCAUGGGCGCCCAGCGAGUCAGGAGCCAGCAACGGCCCCCGGGGAGACGAGGAAGGGGAAGAGGACGCAGAGGGCCCGCCAAACGAAGUGAACGGAGGAGAGAAGGGAGCCCGAUGGGUGUGGGGGGCAGAGCAGAGGCGGCUGCAAGGCCAGCAGUUGGGCGAAGAAGACGAGGAGGAAGAAGAAGAGGAGGAGAACAACAACAGCAGCAGC